CCGCGGGGAGCGGAAGAGGCGCGGCCGGCGCGGGAGCGGCCUCCGUGCGGCGGGAUGGCGGCGGCGCCGCGUUGCGGGGGGCGGCGGCGGCCUCAGGCCGUCCUGCUGAGGCUGCUGGCUGUGCUGCUGCUGGCGGGCGCGGCGGGCGCCGGGCAGCGCUCCAAAUGGCGGCUCCCAGUGUCUAUGGGGAAGAAGUUUAACUUCGGGAAGAUUCUCUUCAGCAACACCACCAUUUUCCUGAGAUUUGAAGGAGAUGAAAAAGCUUGUGAUCCCUCCCAAAGUUACAAUGUUACUUGGUACUUAAGAUAUUCUGACUGCUACAAUGAAGUCUUCAACUUUGGGGAUGAACAGGCAGAUUACUAUUUUGGGACUACAGUUGAAGAGCAUCCGGGUUGGUCAGGAUACUAUGCCACAGGUUCUCGACGCUUUCGUAAUUGCUCUGAGCUCUUCAGGCCUCAGAUUUUUUAUAAAGAAUUUGUUAAUCCAGAGCCUCUCUCACCUGAGAAGCAAGAGGGCCUAAAAGAAAAGAAGGAGAGUGGAGGAAAUCACACAAUGGUGGCAGAUAAAACUGCAAUGAAUGCAGUUAUGAAAACUUGGCGAGAUGGGCCAUAUAUAUUUAUUAUGCAAAUUGGAGUUACAACUGCAAAGGAUUCUAAUACUAAUGUUAAAAGAAUGGAGAAAACACCGCCUUCCUCAGAUCAAAACAAGCCCUUUACAAUGACGAUAGAACUGAAGGGGCCGUAUGAGUAUCUUUCACUUGCGGACUAUCCUCUGAUGAUUUUUUUCAUGGUGAUGUGUAUCGUGUACGUAUUCUUUGGGGUUCUGUGGCUUGCAUGGUCAGCCUGUUACUGGCGGGAUCUCCUGAGGAUUCAGUUCUGGAUUGGUGCUGUUAUCUUCCUGGGAAUGCUCGAGAAAGCAGUUUUCUAUGCAGAGUUCCAGAAUAUCCGUUACACAGGGGAAUCUGUUCAAGGGGCAGUAAUACUGGCAGAACUGCUUUCUGCUGUGAAGCGCUCAUUGGCUCGAACUCUGGUCAUCAUAGUCAGCCUGGGAUAUGGGAUAGUCAAGCCUCGUCUGGGAGUUACUCUUCACAAAGUAGUUAUGGCUGGAGCCCUUUAUCUGUUAUUUUCUGGCAUGGAAGGUGUUCUUAGAGUCACAGGGUUUUUCUAUGACACUGUGGCUCUGAUAGCAAACUUGGCCCUGUCCUUGAUUGAUGCCUGUAUUAUUUUGUGGAUAUUCAUCAGCUUGACUCAAACAAUGAAACUGCUGAAACUUCGAAGGAAUGUUGUGAAACUGUCUUUGUAUCGACACUUCACCAACACGCUGAUCUUGGCAGUAGCAGCAUCUAUUGUUUUUAUCAUCUGGACCACCAUGAAGUUCAGGCUGGUGGACUGUCAGUCGGACUGGCAGGAACUAUGGGUGGAUGAUGCCAUCUGGCGUUUGUUGUUUUCAAUGAUCCUUUUUGUCAUUAUGAUUCUGUGGAGACCAUCUGCUAACAACCAAAGGUUUGCUUUUUCACCACUGUCUGAAGAGGAGGAUGAUGAUGAGCAGAAAGAGCCAAUGUUAAAGGAAAGCUUUGAGGGAAUGAAAAUGAGGAGUACAAAGCAAGAACCAAAUGGGAAUGUAAAAGCAAACAAAGCUCAGGAGGAUGACCUGAAGUGGGUAGAGGAGAAUGUUCCUUCAUCAGUGACAGACGUUGCUCUUCCAGCUCUUCUAGAUUCAGAUGAGGAAAGAAUGAUUACACACUUUGAAAGGUCCAAAAUGGAAUGAAGGAGUAGCUUUUUGCUAUUGGAAGUGGAGGAGACGCCUCUUAAAGUUGCUUUGUGGAGCAAGUGCAUCCUGCUGAUUUGUUUCUUGAUCUCAGCCUUGGAAGUUUGAUGCUUUAGUGUCAUGAGGGCGUCUUGAUGUGGAAGAAGUUCACAAGGACAUUAUAAGCCUUUUCGAAAUUUGAAUUUACAAAGUUGCUGCAAGUUUGGAUUUUUAAGCAAUUUAAAUGUGUACUAUUCCAGCACCUUCUGUAACUUUUCAAAUAUUUAAUCUGUGAAACUAAAAUUCCUAAUGUCUGCUUGUUAGAGGUGAACUGUCUACCUUUUUGGAGGGAGGGUAGGGACAGAUAGAAAUAAGCAGUUAAGAAAUAACAGACCCAUUUUCUGGUAGAUAAUGGUGUCCUGUUAUAUGCCCUGUGUUCAACGUGAAUGGGAGGUUUUUAGAGAGAAGCUCCUGUUAAUGAAGAAAGUGAAGAUGCCAGAAAGGAAAUAUUUGGAAAAGUUACAGUGAUAUGAGUUUUUAACAAAAUCAAGUGCAAUUUUAUUCAUAACACUGUGUAAGAAAGAUUUUUCUAUUUUAAAUGCCAUUGACCUAUAGGUAACAGCUGCAUAGAGGUAACACUUGCUGUUGUGGCACAUCUCAUUGCCGGCAAUGUGGUGGAUGCCUGGAAAAAUCAUUUGCCCUACCUUCCGUGUGUUGCAUGAUUUAAUUAAAAAAAGAAAAACAUCACCAAACCCACUCCUGCAGUGCUCCACAGGUGCUUGAGUAUUCAUGUUAAGCAGAUACUAACUAGACAUUUCAGCAGAACUCUUUUCCCUGCACGUACAACAUCUCCCACUGAGAAGUCGGCACUCUUCUAUGAGAAGAUGGCAUUGCUUUCUAGAGGGUGCAAGCCCUGCUUACCUUACUUGAAAGAGGGAUGGGAGAUGAGAAAGAGAAAGAUGGGAGUACACAGUGCUGGGAUAGUUUUGUUCUUGGUGUCUGUUUAGAAUUGCCUCCCAAUUGCCUUCCUCCAAGUGACUUGGUGAUGGGUUUUCCUGUCCAGAUUGGCCUUGUGGCCAAGAGGUACUCUGAAGAGAUCACGGUGUUUCAGUUCAAGUCACAGAUUUCUGCUCUAUAUAAUUUCUUUAUUUUCUCAUUUUCAAAUGAAGACAAGAUUUUGGCCAGUGUUCUGUUUCUAUUCAGUGCUUGGCUGUAGAGGCGUCACUUGCAAUAACUUACAUGUGGAAACCCUCUGUGCACUGUACGGCAAAAGCUCUAAUUUGGGUUCAUAACCGUUAGAUCUGAUAAUCACUAGGCAAGCAGCAGCACAGCUCUGGACUUCUAAGGAACUGAUGUGGCUGCUGCUGGAACAGCGUAGGGAGUCAGUUCUGGUUCUUCACUCAGCUGUGUCAGCAGAAGUGAACAUGUGCCUGUAAUUCGUUAAUUCCACUGUAAGGUCUGGUAGCUUAGCUCUAGUUCAUCUUUAUCAGCAAUUUAUGCUGAAACAUGGCACUUUACAGUAGAGUAGCUGAGGCACAAGUGCAGAGCAUCUUCUGCUAGCUGUGCUGUGGGGGCAGAAAAUCCUCUGGAUGGGCAGGAGAGAAAAGCUGUGGCUGUAACAUCUCAGUCUGCAAGAGUUGGUGGAGCUCUUCUGCUGUACCCUUCAGGCCACAGGUAGAAUCUUUAAUUAUAAAACACUUCUAAUUUGCUAUGCUUAAUUGAUAUAGAGGAAACAAAUGUUACCUCCAUGUCCUUUUAGAGAGAGGAAAUUUUGUGAAAUAAAGCUACAGGGAGCUUGCUAUUUAAUGUUUAGUUUUGCGGGGUGCUUUUGUUUGGUUUUGUUGUUUGUUUUAUUUUAAAUCCUGUUGUUUUGGGUUACUUGGUCUUUUUGAGACAAACAGGGAAAAAUGUUCUCUACUGAAAGCACAAAAGAAGUUUGUAUGUACUAUUUAAUAAAAGCUAGGUGAAGAGUAGAAAGGC